UUCGCCCAUCUCGUGCAUGUGUCUCACUUUUUGUGUUCAAGAACCAAAACCGGGAAAAAUAAGAUGGGUCAGAUGAAAGGAGUUGAGCGAACAGAUCAUCCAAGAAUCCAGCUCAAGUCUCCUCCAUACAACGUUGUUCAGUAUCCUUCUUUCAUUCAGGAUCAUGACGACUAACAACAAUAUAAUUAUCUGUAUCAAUUGUCCCGUUCAUAAACUGAAAAAGAGAGAAAGGUGUGUUUUACAAUGGGCAUGCAAGUGUCUCACUUUUUUGUGUAAGAACCGCGUGAGAUGAGAGGAGAUAAGACAAGAAAAGUAAGAGAGGGAAAGAAUAUAAAUACUUGUAACAUCUCUGACAUGGCAUUAGUUUGAUAGGUUCCAUCAGCAACAUCUACACCACAACAUGAAGACCUUCAUCAGCCUCAUUGCCCUCUUGGUCGUCGCUUUGGCCGACAGUGCCCCCUAUCGAACCCCUCCCUCCUAUAUAGAGGAGCCCAUUGCCCACCAAUACCGAUAUCCCGCGGUUGACGAUACCCAAGCCGACUUUGCUCAAAACAAAGUUCGGAAUAGUUAUGCCACCAACCGUGUGGCCCUUCCUACUGGCAAUACCUAUAUUGCGAACAACAAUGCGGCUAUUGCCCACUCUGGAUAUUUGGCUGACGCUUACUCUAGAUAUUUGGCUGAGGUGCGAUAUGCUGUUUCUUCCAAGCGCACACCUUCCGAACACGGUCCUUACCACCGCACCCCUUACAGGCGUGCCUCUCACAAACGCACCCCUUAAAAGCGUGCCCAUCUUUCCAACCAAAAAGGCCCUCCUUCAUAUAUUUCUUUAACCUAUUUUUCAUGUUGGUUUUUGAAUGAAAUAUAUUUGCAUACCUUCAAC